AUGAGUGCAAGUCUAUUAUCGCUGUUCCUGACGAGGGCCCGUCCAAGCUUGGAACGCAAGGUUAUCAGUUAUACUAGAGCAUUCUCGUUUUCCCCCGGAGAUGCCGGCCAGAAGGCAGAAGAAUUGGCCCAACAGCAACAACAGCAAUGCAUGAGCCACACGGACCAGCCGUCUCUGUCUACAGUGGCAGCUCAUGCGGGUGUAACAACAACCACGAGGUAUACCAAUCAAGCGUUGGCGCCACCCAUCGAAUUGGCCACAACCUACACUCGACCCGCACAAGGAACCUACGAACCAUCUCAUGCCGUGUAUUCUCGCAUGGACAAUCCGACGCGACGCUUGUUGGAACAGACCGUAUGGCAGUUGGAAACAAAUACUACUAGUACUAUAAUAUGCAAUUCAGACAAUAGUACUACAUGCAUGACGUACGCCUUUGCAUCGGGCAUGAUGGCGGCUUCCUCCAUUGUGCUGGCACACCAAUUGCCAUUGACUGUCAUUCUACCACUGGAUUUGUACCAUGGAGUCUCCACUGUCAUGGUGGAUGUUUUUCAAGAAAAGUGGGGAGUCAAAGUAAGGAGGGUAGAUUUGACUGAUCCAAAACUACUACAGCAAGAACUACUACAACUGACACAGGAACAACACGAUAUUGAUACCACACACAACAUUCUCAUUUGGAUCGAGACACCCUCCAAUCCAUCGUGUCAUGUCAUGGAUAUACCUGCCAUUUGUCAAAUCGUUCAAAAAGUCAGAAAACAACAACAACAACAAACAAACAUUACCACUGUGGUGGAUUCCACAUUGGCACCUCCCGUCAUUCAACAACCACUCUUACUCUGUCAAAAUGGUAAUAAUCAUCAUCAUCCAGACAAUGCCGGCAUCGAUCUGGUGAUGCAUUCGGCAACCAAAUACAUGGCAGGACAUUCCGACGCCACGGUUGGAAUUGUCACGGCAUCACCCUUUACCCAACAAGGACGAAUGCUGGGACCAAAACUACAACAAACGCAAAUCGCUGUGGGAGGUGUGGCUUCGCCCAUGGAUUCAUGGUUGACGCUACGAGGACUCAGAACCUUGCAUGUGCGAGUCCAACGACAAUCUCAAACAGCCAUGACCUUGGCAACACGGUUGCAGGAACUAAAGCAACAGCAACAGCAACAGCAACAAGACAAGAACAGUAUUAUGAUUAUUCAAAAAGUCCAUUAUCCAGGAUUGAUCAGUCAUCCACAACAUGCCGUGGCAAAACGACAAAUGAAACAACAACAAUACGGGGGUGUCCUCAGUGUGGAAUUUGCGUCCCCGCAUCUGGCAAUGGCAUUUGCCGGGGCACUCAAUAUCAUGUACCGUGCCACCAGUCUCGGAGGCACAGAAACGCUCGUGGAAGAACGACGAUCCAUUGAACCUCCAGGACGACAAACCAGUCCACCGGGAUUGGUACGAAUAUCCGUGGGGCUCGAAGCAGAAACAGAUCUACUACGAGAUGUCGAACGAGCACUUGACAUUGCCAAACAAGUUUGUCACGAGAAUUGUGAUUCAUAAUAAAAGGUUACAUACAGCCUUUGUUCCACAGCUGUUUGGUUUGUUGAUUCAUUGAUUCGUUGAUUCAUCCGUACAAAAGGAGCGAGACGUCAGUCAUAAAAGGAACCGCUCCUAUCUAUUUUCAUCAUCAGCAUCCACUCCCAAGCUCCACUUGAACUUUGUGGCCAAAGGAACCAUCAGAUUCUUCGACAAUGUCACCGUCAUAGGACAGUUUGAAACUUCCAUCACCAUACCGAAAACAUAGCCUGGAAAAGAACAAGAAACGCAAAGAUGAAGUAACAACGAGUCAGAAAAUGAGAGCCUGUUGGCACAUAGAUGGACAGUGAUGAAACGGCAUCAAAUCAUAUCAGAUCAGGUCGAUCAAUGUAUGCACUCACCCAUCUCCAAAAGAAUCCCAAAGAAUGAACUCGUAACAGCCAGCGGGAUCUUGGCAUGUUGAGUAUUCAUAUGUCUCGCUUUCAGAGAAGCUAGAAUGAUCCCAAAUCUUCUCGGGACUGGAGCCUGCCGCUGACAGCUUGACCAAUUCGAAUCGAUUCUCCUUUGGAAAUGUGUCGGUUGUAAAAGUCAGCCCUAUCUCUACGCAAUCCUCGUCGGUUGUCGCGUCUGGAUCCGUGGGGGUUGCGUCGACAGCUUGCACGGGCUCGGAAGAACCACCAACGUUGACAACGGGGAGAUUAGCGCUAGCCGUGUCACAAUACCCCAUACUGACCGCUUGACGCGAUGCAAAUACCCCAUCGCUCUUGGCAAUCUCCUGUCCUCCAAAGGAAACGGAAUAGCUCCCCGAUCCGUAGUCGCAGCACAACCUACCGUACAGCCGAGAAAAGAGUCAAGUGAGAGGAACAAUCGCUCUACGAAAGGUAGAACAGAAGAAGAAAGAAACAGCCUCACCCGUCUUCGGCGCUAUCCUUGAUCACAAAUGUGUAGCAGUUUGCGGGGAUGCA